AAAUAAAAAAGAUUUUGAUUUUAGGAACAAACAUUGCAAAAUGAAAGGUUCCACUUCUGCAAAACUCUUCAUUUUAUCUGCAUGUUUUUUCAAUAGUGUACUCUCUAUUGAUACAUUAACUGCAACACAAUCACUUGGAUCUAACCAAACCCUAGUAUCUCCACAAAAUAUAUUUGAAUUUGGUUUCUUUAACACAACCAUUUCCAAAUGGUACAUAGGUAUAUGGUACAAGGAUUUUCCAGAUAAAAUAUAUGUUUGGGUUGCAAAUAGAAACAACCCUCUUGAAAAUUCCAAUGGAACUCUCAAAAUUGAAGAAAGUGGAAACUUGGUUCUUUUCAACCAAACAAAUAAUCCUAUAUGGUCAUCAAAUCAAACCACAACCUCUGCUACAAACCCUGUUCUUCAUCUUUCAGAUGAUGGAAAUUUGGUUCUCAAAGAAGCACAAGAGAAAAACAACACCAACUAUAUAUGGCAGAGUUUUGAUCAUCCAACAGAUACUUUGUUACCAGGCAUGAAACUUGGUUGGAACCUCGACACAGGCGUCGAGAUUCGAGUAACAUCAUGGAAAAGCCAAGAUGAUCCAUCAAGUGGUGAUGGUUAUUUCAGUCUUGAUUAUCAUGGUAUUCCAGAUAUUUACUUGUGGAACAAGCAACAAAGGGUGUUUAGAAGUGGAUCAUGGAAUGGUGAGAGUUUUGGUGGAGUACCAAUACUAAAUACAAUAUCUGUUCUUAAUGAUAAAAUUGUUGCUGAUAAACAUCAAGCUUAUUACUAUCCUGCAAGAUUAUUUCAGUCUAAUUUGUCUAGACUUGUUGUGAAUUGGACCGGUUCAAUCGAACGUUAUGCGUGGAUCGAAAGCACUAAAACUUGGAACAUAGUAUGGAAUGCACCUGCUGUUGAUUGUGAUCAUUAUGGAGCUUGUGGUCCAUUUGGUAUAUGUGACUCAAAUGCCUUUCCUAUAUGCAAGUGUGUGACAGGGUUUAGUAUCAAGAAUCAAGGGCAAUGGAAUUUGAGAAAUUUUUCUGAUGGGUGUGUGAGGAAAACAGAAUUGGAAUGUGGAAAGGAUAAGUUUUUGCAUAUGAAGAAUGUGCAAUUUCCUGAUACUAGAAGUGUGUUUGUGAACAAGAGUAUGAAUCUAUUGGAAUGUGAAUCUAAGUGUCUCAAAGAUUGUUCUUGCACUGCUUAUGCUAAUGCUGAGAUUACUAAUGGUGGCACUGGUUGUGUCAUGUGGAAUUAUAGUCUUGUAGACAUGAGACAGUUUUCUGAAGCUGGAACAGAUCUCUUUAUCAGAUUAGCAGCUUCUGAUGUAGGUGGGACAGGAUCUUCUGGUGGAUCUAAAAAAAAUGCAGGAAAGAUUGCUGGAAUUACAAUUGCUAUAGUUAUCUUGAUUUUGGGAGUGAUUAUAUUCAUUUUGUGGAAAAAGAAGAGAAGACAGAAAGGGAAUACUAACCACAGUGGUAAUUCUGAUAGAGGUCAGAUAACACUGUUAUCUGAGAUGAUGUUUUCAAAUAGCAGAGAUACUUCAGAUCAAAGGAACAUAGACGAACUGGAGUUGCCACUGUUUGAAUUUCAUGUCAUAUCAGAUGCUACAAACUCAUUCUCUUUAGCAAAUAAACUUGGAGAAGGUGGCUUUGGAACUGUUUACAGGGGUAGGCUUGUAGAUGGCCAGGAAAUUGCUGUGAAGAGGUUGUCAACAAGCUCAGGGCAAGGAAAUGUAGAAUUCAAGAAUGAGGUAAGAUCAAUUGCGAAGCUUCAACAUCGAAAUCUUGUACGGCUCUUUGGUUGCUGCAUUGAGAAAGAGGAGAAGAUGUUGAUCUAUGAGUACAUGGAAAAUAACAGCCUAGAUUCUAUUUUAUUUGAUAAAGCAAAGAGUUCAAUGCUAGAUUGGCCAAUGAGGUUCAAUAUCAUAUGUGGAAUAGCCAAAGGGCUUCUUUAUCUCCAUCAUGACUCAAGAUUUAGAAUUAUCCAUAGGGAUCUCAAGGCAAGCAAUGUUCUACUUGAUAGAGAAAUGAAUCCAAAGAUAUCAGAUUUUGGGAUUGCUAGAAUUUUUGACAAUGAUCAAACACACUCUAAUACAAUGCGAGUUGUUGGAACAUAUGGCUAUAUGGCUCCUGAAUAUGCAAUGGGCGGAUAUUUUUCGGCGAAAUCUGAUGUUUUCAGUUUUGGGGUUCUCGUGUUGGAGAUCAUUAGCGGCAUGAAGAAUAGAGGAUUUCAUUUCUCAGAUGAUCUAAAUCUCCUUGGACAUGUAUGGAGGCUAUGGAAUGAAGGGAAAGCAUUGGAAUUAUUAGAUUCAUCAUUUGCAGAUUCAAUUUCAGAAUCAGAAGUUAUAAGAUGUAUAAAUGUGGGGCUAAUAUGUGUCCAAGAAAAAGUAGAAGACAGGCCCAUAAUGCCAUCAGUGGUGAUGAUGUUGAAUAGCGAAACGGCAUCAUUGCCACAACCUAAGCACCCUGGUUUCGUCCUUGGAAGGAAUCAGGGUGAAACUGAUUCAUCUUCAGCCAGGCAAGAAGACUCAAACACGAUAAACCAAGUCACUGUUACAAUAGUAAAUGGUAGAUAGAUAUAAUCAAUAACCAUGUUGACUUUUUACACAUUUAAUAUUAUUUUGUGUACAAUGGAGAUUUGUAUAGUAUGGUUUUAACACCUUGUCGGGUAACUGGGUAUUUUUAUUGGUAAAAUGUAAAUUGAAGAGUGUUUUCUUAUUAUUUUGCUCGGCUGGAAUGUAAGACAAUUUUGAGAAGAAGAAUGAAAAUAGAAAUUAAUACUAGUUAUA